AGUACACUUUGAAAUCACUUUUGAUUUGUUAGGGUUUGAAAUAAUCACAUAUCAUAGUAAUAUAUAGAUAUACUAAUAUAGAGUCAAAAUGUUGCCAUAUGUUAUUAAAAGUUGCAAAAUGUUUGGGUUUACAUUUCUUUGCUGCGUUUCGCUGAUUAUUCUAUACAAAAUGUAUACGAAGGAAGACGCGGAUAUUGAAGUAAAGAAUAGUGGUUCCAUACGUCAACAUGGUGACUAUUGGGUAUGGAAUAAUUAUAUAAGAGCUAGCGAGGAUCUAAUUGGUAAUGAAAGCAUUACCCUAACAUCGCAUGGCACUUACAUGGAUUUGAGAUUAUUGCCCAAAGUCUUGAGCAGAUGGCAGGCUCCUAUAAGUCUUACAAUAUUUGCCUGUGAUGAGGAUUACGAUAAUUUUAAUCAUGCAUGGAAAUAUCUAUUGGAUUGUCAUGAUCUUGCUGAUCUAAUGAGACGCUAUGUUAGCAUUCAUUUGGUUUUCCAUCAGAGUUUUGUCCCGAAGCACUUGGAUAAUCUAAAGAGUAUUUUAAACCAUAUUGUAAUUGAGUCCUGUGAUAAAUCUUCAGCUUUUUUGAUUUCGGAUCAAAGUAAAACAUUUUGGCAUCAGCAUAAACUUACUUAUCCCGUGAAUCUACUCAGAAAUAUUGCUCGUCAAAAUGUUAACACUUAUUACAUUUUAGCCCUGGAUCUACAAUUGUUGCCGCCGCCAAAGUUUGCUAGAAAAUUUCUGAAAUUUAUCUGGAAUCAUGAUCGUUGGCGCUAUGGGGAUAUAAGGGAACCAUAUACCACGGUCUUUUGUCUACCCACAUUCGUGAUCAAGGCAGACGCAUUAACACCUAAGACAAAAUUCCAAUUGCUUAUGGUAUUAAGAGACUUUAAUAUUACUACUUCCAUCCACGAUGAUUUUGGUGGUCAAGUCAAGUGGUUACAUAUGCCAAAUCCCAAAGACGAACUAUUCAUCUUUAGUCGCUCAAAAAGGAGAGAAAUGUGUGUGGCUUAUAUCAGUAUUAAUGAACUAGAACCACUUUACGAUGAGAAUAACGAAAUGGAAUCCAUAUAUGAAGAGAGCUCUACUUUUAAGUCCCAAAUAUUGAUAGAUCUUAACUACACUUUCAUCGUGUUGGAUGGAGCCUUUCUACUUCGUUCUUCUAAUGACAGCUGGCAGCACUCGAAUGUCAUAUGGAGCCCACGACCUUCUUUUAUGAAUUGGCGUAGACAUUUCAAUUGGCAUCAAUUCUAUCAUCAACUUAUGAGUCAUGUUCCUGAUAAUUUUGCAUAUACUUGGUAUCUGAAAUCGCGCAGCACUCAAUAUUUUUUGAAUAGGGAAAAAAAAAACAGACCAAAGAUGUAGAAAAAAAUCAUAUGGUUGUAUUAAUAAUUUGCUAUUAAAGGUAAAGCUUAAAAUAUAA